GUUUGUUCCGAUUACCGGUGAAGCCAUGGAGAAAGAUGACCAAAUAAGAAAAUACUUCAGCAUUGACGAUAACCCUGUUACUCUAUCACCUCAGAAGGAAACAAAAGCGAAAAUUACUUUCAAACCGACUCAGCAAGUGGAGUUUGUCAAUCUUCCAAUCUUUAUAUGUAACGUGGUAGAUGCUGCAAAGCCCGAUGUUGUGAUCAACUCUUUUCAACUAUCAUUCAGUGCCAAAGUCUUCUUGUCUAGGUUUGAAAUAUGUCCAGCAAAAGAUAUGUACUUUGGAGAUCUGCCAAUAUCAACAACAAGAACGCAAACGAUAGAAUUGAAAAAUGUUGGGAAAUUUCCCUUUAAUUAUACGAUUAUUAGCCACAAGAUGUGGCUGGGUCAGCUGGCCAAAAAAAGCAGAAGUAAAAUACAGCUAGAUGGUAAAAAGGGCAAAAGUAAGAAGGGUAAAGGUAUUGGAAGUAGCAAAAGUAGCAAUGGAAGCAAGAAUAGCAAAAGCGGUAGUAAUAAAAUUGAUAAAACAAAAAAGCCAGAAAAAAGUAGUCAAGUGGAUAAGGAUAGAGGAAGCAAAGGCAAAGGUAGCAAAGAAAGUAAGAAGGAUAAAGGAAAGUGA